CUCGUAUACAUGGCCGACGCUCCUAUUAUCUAUCACCCCCCCCUUAGACCUCCACUUCCAAUGACCAUCCGCUGGCCAGGAUCUUAAAUUGUUGUCAUAAUUCCAAGGUUUACCAUCCAACAACUAAUUCGAAACUUCGAUAACAUCCCAGCGCCCCAUUGUCGUCGCCAUGUCGUUGCUUGCCCCUGGCACCCGCUGCUCUUCUUGCACCACUGUCGACUUUCUUCCCCUCCUCUGCUCCCAUUGUCACCACCCCUUUUGCCAGGCCCAUAUUCACUCUCAUUCACCUUGUGCUUCCCAAAUGGCCAUCUCUUCCGAGCGUUUCAAUGUCAAAGUCGGAAAGCUGGAGAGGGGAGUGGGAAAUUGCGAGGUGAGAGGUUGUGAGAGGGAGAGCAUAGAGAGUGUUGGGGGUUUUGCAAAAGGAGAAGGGGCAGGGGAAGAGAUCGCUAGGGAGAUACGAUGUCUGAGCUGUAGGGGAUCCUUCUGCACAAUGUGAGCCACAGAGCACAAACAUCUCACUCAUGUUCGGGCCCUCUCCAGCACAACAUCCGGCAUGAUGCAUAUCUCGCUCGUCGGUCUCAGGCUGCUAAUCUCAUCAGUCAUAACUUUCCUGGACAUAAAGAACGGGACAGUGCUAGGGGGAAAAUGCCGAUACAGAAAGACGUUGAGAAGGCACCACCAAUGCGCGAGGAGCUACCUCCGAGCUUGCAAGCCUCUCCUGAAGAAUCGAAAGAGGAACCUGCCGUUCAGAGCAGCAAGGUCAAGACAAAAUCCGAAAAACUUUGGGACAUCCAACUCCGAAAGAUCCGCUCGUCUGCCACGCGUCUCGGACCCGGAGGAGAAGUACCUCAAGACGAGAAAAGGUACUUUGAGUGGGCAGUGGACGUCGAAGGGAAGGGUGUUGAGAGUUGGGAGAAGGGAGGGAAAUGGAUGGGAAAAGCUUCGAGAGGAUGGGUACACCGAGUAAGUGGAAUAAUCCAAAGUAGCUAUGAAGCGCUGAUGGGUGAGCAGGAUACGCCGUUGGGUAAGGUCAUGGACCUCGUAAUCACUCAAAGUAGGACGCCCCGUCCUUUUUCCACCGCUGAAGUGAGUGCCUCGCACUGCCUGACUACCUUCUAUGACGCGGGCUCAACACUAUGCAGGGACUGGCCCUUGCUCAAUUGUAUACGCCCCCAGGCGGCAAACCCACUGUCACACCGUUGACCUUAUCACGUCCAGCAUCUAGCCUCAUGGAAGGCUCCUUGAUAGUCCUCGUCUCGGGCUCCUCCAACAUCUGAAGGUGGCACCGGCCUGCUGCGUGUAUGUGCAGCUGCCAGCGAGAUUACGUUGCAAGGCGCUUCAAAUUAGAUGCGAUCGGGUAUCAAUGAUGCA